AUGGCUGUGUCUGAGAGCCGAAUUGCCGUCAUUGGAAUGGCAUGUCGCCUUCCAGGCGGCGCUGACAGUCCAGAAAGCCUAUGGUCCAUGCUGGCUGAAGGCAGAGACGGACGAAAAGAAGUGCCUAAGGACCGAUGGGACUGGAAAUCCUUCUACAACAAGAAUCCAGCCACCAAAGACACCACAAAUUUUAGCCAUGCUUAUUUCUUGGAUGAGGACAUAUCAGCUUUUGAUGCACGAUUCUUCAAUAUCUCUGGUGUUGAUGCUGCGACCAUUGAUCCCCAGCAGAGGCUUCUUCUCGAAGUAACUUACGAAGCACUGGAGAAUGCUGGUUUGCCCAUCGAGAGCAUGCGUGGCUCCGAUACCUCAGUGCACAUGGGAAUGUUUACGAGAGAUUAUGACAGAAUGGGAUACAGAGACAUGUCCCAGACUCGCUCUUUGGGUUAUCUUCUAAUCAAGUGCAAUAUAUCACAGUCUGGUGGCCUUGUAGCCCUGCAUCAAGCAUGCCAAACGUUGAGAGCGGACGAAGCUACAGUGGCUCUGGCUGGGGCGAGUCAGUUAUUACUAAGCCCUGACCAGUCUGUUGCUAUGUCAGAACUUACCAACAAAGACGGAAGAUCUUACACCUUCGACGAUCGUGGCGCCGGCUACGCGCGAGGUGAAGGUCUUGGUGUCCUCGUCCUGAAGCGCCUUGAUCGAGCCGUGGCUAAUGGCGACCACAUCCAUGCGGUUAUCGUGGAAUCAGGCGUGGGUCACGACGGCAAGACGUCUGGCAUUUUUCUGCCCAAUGGUGACGCACAAGAAGCUCUGGCCCGGACCGUCUAUGCUAGAGCCGGUCUCGAUCCUCGUGAGACCUUGUUCGUGGAAAGCCAUGGAACAGGAACCGUGGCCGGCGAUAAUGCUGAGGUCGGGUCUAUCGCUAGGGUGUUUGGCCGUGAAGCAGGACGAACUUCCGAACUGCCUAUUGGCAGCAUCAAGACCAACAUUGGACACUUGGAGGCGGCCAGUGGUAUGGCAAGCACAAUAAAAGCGAUCAUGGUUCUCAAAAAGAACAAGAUACCGCCGCAGCUCAACUUCAAAACCGCGAAACCAUCCCUUCGUCUCCAGGAGAGAGGACUCAAGGUACCACUAGAACUCACUCCACUUGCACCACAAGGACAUACGGGACCCAAGCGCGUGUCUGUAAACAGCUUUGGGUAUGGUGGAACGAAUGCUCACGCCAUUCUUGAGUCGUACAAUCCUGCGUUUGCGCCCGCUUAUGGACAUGUCAACGGCAACGGACAUGUCAACGGCAACGGACACGUCAACGGCAACGGACACGUCAACGGCAACGGACACGUAAACGGCAACGGACACGUCAACGGCAAUGGAUGCGUCAACGGCGACGGACAUCAAUUUGACACUCCUGACUACAGCAGCGAAGCAAAGCUCAUAGUCUUAUCAGCAAAUUCGGAAUCGUCUCUUAGCAAUACGGUUUCCAACCUGCGACAAUGGCUCUCAUCGGAUCAAGGCCCGUCAGUCUCCUUUGCCGACCUUGCAUACACCCUGAACACACGGAGGUCAAAACUUCCAUGGCGUUGCAGCGUCGUCUCGAGCAAUCCGCAGGAGCUGGAAAAGUUACUGGGAGAUGCCAAGCUACGCCCCGUGAAGUCGGCGCGGGAGGUAGCUCUAGCCUUCAUCUUCACAGGGCAGGGAGCCCAGUGGUUUGCCAUGGGGCGGGACCUUCUGACUGGAGCCGAUUCACGAGAGUUUGCAUCUUCCAUUACAUUCUGCAAUCAGAUUGUCAAGGCUUUAGGCUGCGAGUGGGACCUUGUCGAGGAACUUUCCCGGGACGAGACGUCAUCGCGACUAGGUGAAGCCAGGUUUGCUCAGCCAAUCACCACGGCGGUUCAGAUUGGGCUGAUCGACCUGCUCACCACCACCUACGGCAUCAAGCCUCAAGCUGUGUUCGGUCAUAGCUCGGGAGAAAUUGCAGCAGCCUACGCGGCGGGGGCAUUAACAAAGGAAAGCGCUAUGCGGGUUGCCUACAUGAGGGGAAUUUGUUCCGCCAAGGCCAAGGCCUUGAACGCAACGCCAGGAGGCAUGUUGGCCGUGGGAGAAGGAGAAGAUGCAAUCAACAAGCGAAUCAAGCAACUAAGCGGUGGCAAAGGCAAAGUGACGGUGGCUUGUGUCAACAGCCCCGAAAGCACCACCAUUUCUGGAGACGUAGCGGCGUUGCUGGAACUCCAAGCUGCGCUAGGGGAUGCAUCGGUCUUCAACAGGCGACUCAAGGUCGACUCAGCCUAUCAUUCUCACCACAUGGAGGUUAUUGCACCAACAUAUUUCUCUUCCCUGGAGGGUUUGGUUCAUGGCGUGCCACGUGAAGAUGUGGCUUUUUUUUCAUCAGUCACUGGUGCCCGCAAGCGAUCUGAUUUUGGGCCAUCUUACUGGGUAUCCAACCUUGUGUCUCAAGUCAAAUUCAGUGCGGCUUCACAACUGGUUGCACAGCACUUGUCUACCACUUAUCCCACAGCCACUAACGUAUUGAUUGAGGUUGGUCCUCACGCUGCGUUGUCGGGACCGCUGAGACAAUCGUUAUCGGACAUCAAUUUCAAGUUGUCUUCGGGUGAGUCUUUCAAAUACAACUACGUCCCAUGCCUUGUUCGAAACACAAACGCGAUAAGCACUGUUUUGGCCCUGAUAGGGAAGAUUUUUGAAUCCGGUAGUCCAGUCCAGCUGGACGUAGGAGCGUCAACAGAGAGUUCAAUCCCUCACUGUCGGGUUGUCGGGGACCUUCCUUCUUAUGCAUGGGACCACAGCAACACGUAUUGGCGCGAAUCACGGCUCAGCAAAGGGAAUCGCCUCCGCCCUUUCCCACCCCACGAUCUUCUUGGUCUCCUUGAAGUGGGCAGCUCGCUGUACGAGCCACGGUGGAGAUACCACGUGAGCCUGGCAAACAUUCCAUGGCUCCGAGACCACAUCGUUGAGGGAUUCGUCAUUUUCCCGGGUGCCGGCUACCUGAUCAUGGUCAUUGAGGCCAUGAAGCAACUAUUCCAGCUACGUAAGACGCCAGGCCGCAUCACUAACAUCAAUUUUCGUGAUGCUACCUUUUCCAAACCUGUGGUUAUACACGACGACAGUGCAAAAGAUAGUCAGGAAGUGGAGCUGCAGCUCAUCAUUACCCCUUCCCGACAACACGUGGGUAGUCCCUGGGAGUACUUCCGUGUAGUUUCCUAUGACUCUCAGAAUGACUCCUGGAUAGACAACUGCAGCGGUCUUGUCUCAUGGGACUCCGUUCCCAUGGAGACUAGUACUGAUCAAUCCCAGGCUGAUGAGUUUGUGGACGCCCGAGACGAUGGCUUGGGUCAUUUGACAAAGGCAGCUGCCGAUCAGUGGUUGCAGGACGUUCAAGCUCUUUGCCCUAUUUCUGUUGACGCAGCAGAGGAGUAUCGUGAAAUGAAAGCAUCCGGCAAUGAAUAUGGCGAUACAUUCCAGGGCCUAAAAGAAAUCAGUGUUGGUAAGGGUCACGCCACGGCUAGAAUCGUUGUCCAAGAUAUUGAACAACAAAUCCCCGGGCACUAUAUGCAACCGCAUACCAUCCACCCCAGCACCUUCGACUCCAUCUUCCAGCUGGAACCAGUGUGCUUCCGUCGAGAAGGUCUUGUGGCCCCUAUCAUGCCAUCCAUGCUAGGAGAGAUAUCCGUGGCAGUGGACAUGAACAGCGCCCCAGGCACUGACAUCGUGGUAGCUUUGCAGCAUUCUCAAAAGACCCCUCGAGAUGCUGCAUUUUCCUACUGUGCCUAUCAGAAGCAGAGUGAUGGAACAUUCCGCCCAGUGGUCACUGGUAACAACAUUGGGACACGGGUCGUCGGAUCAGCGGACUCAGAUCAGGCCGUUCAAAAGAAAAUGACUUAUCGUAUGGACUGGAAGCCAGAUGUUGAUUACAUAACACAAGCAGACUUUGAGGCAUAUUUGCCAAGCCCGAGACUCCUUGACGGAAAGACAAGUGACCAGGUGAUUGAGGCGCAACUCCAUCUAAACGACACAGUCGCGACGAUCUUUAUUCGCAGGGCAGUCCAGCACAUGAGGGAGCAAGACAUCUCUUCCGCCCACAACGCUCACCUCUCUGCACUCCUACGCUGGAUGAUCAAGUGGGAUACAACAGAGGCUGGGCAGUUUUUAAAUGGCAUCACGCUGGAAGAGCAAGCCAGCCUUAUCGAGCAAAUUAGCAGAUCGAACGACAUCGUCGGAACAGCCCUGAGUAGCCUUGGACCACACUACGUUGAUGUCUUGACCGGAAAGAUGGAGGCGUCAGCGCUAUUGUCCCAAAAUGACGUCCUUGAACGGCUAUUCUCCGAAUACACCUUGUUCAACAACCACUAUACACAGGUCGCUGUAUACCUUCAAGCCCUUGCCCACAAGAAUCCCAAUAUGAACGUACUCGCGGUCGGUACUGGCGCCAGAGGUGCCACUAUACCGUUGAUGGAGGCAAUGGAGCGCAAUGGCCGGCUACCUGUGGAUGCAUAUACUUACACUGAGAUGGACUCCAGCCUCCUCGAGCGUGCGCGGCUCAGGUUUAGCGGAUGGGACACCAAGACUGAGCUUAAGAUACUCGACAUAUCGCGCGAACCGCUCGCGCAGGGUCACAGCGCCCACAGCUUUGAUCUAAUUGUAGUCUCCAUGGUCUCCUACGCUGCAGCCCGGGUGGACGUGGCUGUGUCACAUCUUCGGAAGCUGCUAAAGCCGGAUGGCCGGCUUGUUCUUGUGGAGCUGACGGCGGUUACAGCGGCUCACCACGCCGUGUUUGGCAUGCUGGACGGUUCGUGGACGUCUGAGGACGAAUACCGGGACAAGGCCCUGAUGAGCGUACCGGAAUGGGAUACGUGUCUGAAGCGUCACGGCUUCAGCGGUACAGACUUUGCCAUCCCAGCACAUAAGGGCCGGUUCAGCGAUGUCAGCAACGUGAUUGUCGCUCGGGCCCUCCCGGUCUCUGCGGGGAUAACUAACGGUCAACUCCAAAAGGUCAACGAGAAGGCGCUGACAGUAAAGAUACACCUCGGCUACUCUGAUGACGCAUCCCAGGUCGCUCUUGGAGAUGCCAUGUGUCGCUCUCUGGGGAGCAAAGGCAUUACAUGUAGCCAUGAGGCUUGGAGUACAGGAAGCGCAGCCGAACAAGAGCAAGACCCCAAUACUCUAACGAUAGUCAUUGACUCUGCCGAGCAUCCACUACUGCUGGAUCCUUGCCCCAAAACUUUUGAGCAAGUCAAGAAACUCCUGCUUCAGGGCGGAAACAUCCUUUGGACCAGUUUCCAAGCAUCGCCGCCAUCUGGUGAAAAGGCAGCCCUUAAGAACAUGGUUAACGGAAUGGCCAGAGUACUCCGACGAGAGAACCCUGGCCUCCAAUUGAUCACGGUCGACGUUCAAGACCCCGUCCAACCUUCCAGCGAGAGUGAUGCGCUGCAACAUAUCGUCCAGAAGCUGACAGAUGUUACCAUUCUAUCAUUUGGUUCGCCGGACAGUGUUGGAACAGACGAGUUCAGACUAGAGCACGAGUAUGCCAUUCGUGACGGCAAGUUAACAAUACCAAGAGUCAUCCCGGACGAUCAUCUUGCUACGCACAUUGACAGUCGCAACAACCCGGAACAGAGCAUCAGUGGUGAUACGACCCUGCAGGACUGCCAAUAUCUCAAUGAUAACAGGCCCCUGAAGUUUGAUGUUCAGGUGCCAGGUCUACUCCAAACUAUUCGUUUCGUGGAUAACGACGACAUAUUGGGCCCGCUCGGUCCUGAAGAGGUUCAAGUCCAGGCUAGGGCGUAUGGUGUUAACUCUAGGGACGUUGCCAUUACUUUGGGCCACAUGGCACCAGACACGCCAAUGACAGGUGAGAUGGCUGGUGUCAUAACGGCCGUUGGAUCGAAUGUGCAGUCGUGGAAGACCGGCGACAGAGUCACGGCCCUUUUUGUGCCACAAUUUGGUAACCAGGUUCGCAUCAAUAGCGAGAAUGUGGUUGCAAUCCCAGACUCAGUCACUUUUGCCGACGCAGCCUCUGUUCCACUGGUGUUCUUUACCGCUUGGUACUGUCUCAACCACGUUGCUCGGAUAGAGAAGGGCCAGAGCGUGUUGAUUCACGCAGGUUCGGGUGGUGUGGGCCAGUCCGCGAUCCAGAUUGCACAACUCAUGGGAGCCGAGGUAUUUGCCACGGUUGGCAGCGUCUUAAAGAAGAAGAUGCUCCAGGAGCAGUAUGCUAUCCCAGACAGUCAUAUAUUCUCAUCACGCUCCGGGAAAUUUAAAAAACAGAUCCUUGACGCAACCAGGGGAAACGGUGUCGAUGUUAUCCUCAACUCGCUCUCAGGGCAGCUUCUCAGAGACAGCUGGGACUGCCUUGCCCCGUUCGGCACCUUCUGCGAAAUUGGCAAGGCGGAUAUCGUCGGGCGCGGCCAGCUCAGCAUGGCAAACUUUGACAAGCAGGCGACUUUCGCUGCCGUGGAUACUUCCUAUAUGUAUCGAAUGCGCCCUGAAGGGGUGAUCCGUGGAGUCAGGGACAUAUUCGCCAUGAUUGACCAGGGUUCACUGAAACCUGUGUAUCCUGUGAAGACGUUCGAUAUGUCACGCAUUCAGCAGGUCUUCUCUCUUAUCGCAGAAAAGAAACACAUGGGAAAGAUGGUGUUGGUCACCGACGAACAGACCCUUGUGCAAGCCACGCGGCCAAAGGCACCUGCACUCCGGCUACAGCGAGAGGGAACUUAUGUCAUCGGGGGAGGACUGGGCGAUCUAGGCAAAAGAAUGGGGCGCUUCCUCGCUGAGAAGGGAGCUGGCCAUAUCGUAGCGCUCACUCGCCAGGAUGUGGACGCUGUGGGUCAGCAACCAGCUGUUGUCGAGGUCCAGAACGCCAUCAGCAAAAUGGGCGGUACCCUUCAUGUCGUCCAGUGCGAUAUUAGCGAUAAAAACAGUGCACAUAGUGCCGCGGACAAAUUGGCCCACCUCGGCCUACCACCAGUCAAAGGCAUCAUCCAAAGCGCAACAGUUCUCCGGGACCAUCCUUUUGAGUAUAUCGGGCUUGACGAAUGGAAGGACUCCGUGAGACCUAAGGUCCAGGGUACUCUGAACAUGCAUGAAGCAUUUUGUUCCCCUGAAACGACUGAUUUCUUCGUAAUGCUCUCGUCCGUGGCAAGCAUUGUCGGUUCAGCGUCACAAAGCAACUACGCAGCAGGAAAUGCCUUCCUGGACGGCUUUGCCCGCGCGGGAAAGCAAUUCCCACGAGGCAUCACCAGUUAUGCGACCAUUAAUGUUGGAGCUGUCGAGGGCUCGGAACUCGUUGCCGGCGCGUUGGAGCAGGGGAGCGAUGUUGCCCGCACCAUCGGCUCUGUUUCAUUUAGCGAUGUUCUUGCUACACUCGAGUAUGCAAUGAACUCGCGAGCCCGCGCCGACCAAGAUGUUGUGCAGCAUCUCAUGCAUUUUAAUCGCGACGCUAUGGAGGACGCGUUCGGUCCCUCGACGCUGAGCGAUCACAUGUACGAUCAUGUUCCCAGCAAGAGGCAGAAGGGUAAGACGGCCAACGAAAGUGCCACUGGCAAAAAGCAAAGCGUCCUCCAGAUUGUCGAACAAGCAAAAACGGUUUCCGAGGCCGAGGAUAUCGUCAGACAGACACUACUCGCCAAGUUCACGGCCUUCAUAGGAGAUGAUGUUCCAGAGGGGCCUAUCGCGGCGCUCGGGCUGGACUCUCUCGUCUCGAUCGAGCUAAAGAACUGGGUCAAGCACACAUUCCGGGCACCAUUGCAGAUAUCCGAGCUCAGCGGUGCACAGAGCAUGCUCGCCUUGGCGAAAAUCAUAGUUUCGCGAAUGACUCUUGAGUGCAGCAAGGUCAAUAGUACUAGCCCCGUCGACAGCAAAAACAGACAAGGCGUUACAGCUGAAAGCCGGGUAGACUUACAGCCUGCUGUUGCUGCAACUGCGGACGAAAUUGAAGUUGCCGAUACGCCUGCCGAGCAUGGCCAGAAUUGUUGUAAGCAUCACAAAGAGCUGCCCGUGCAACCGUUACCAGAUUUGGAUGAUGCACUUGACUACUGGCUCGAGACGAACGAACAUCUUUUCAGCACGCAACAGCUCGAUUCCAUCCAUAGAGAUAUUCAAGAAAUGCGUGCCUCAGACAGCCCUGCUCGCCAGAUUCUUCGGGAAUUGUGCGACAAGCACAGAAACGACGACACCAACAGCUGGUUUACCGACAUUGUUACAGAUGCUCGAUUCCUGUGCAGAAGAGCACCGGUUGCUCCGUGGACCAGCAUUAUGGGAGCACAGCGUGACAGCCGUGGCGAGCGGCACUCUCAGACCGAGCGCGCCGCCAUCAUUACUUCCACGGCUAUCGCCUACAGGCACGCCAUGGGCGCGGGCGAAGUCGACCCUCAAGAGGUUGCGGGCAGGCCCGAGUGUACGUGGGGAUGGAAAUGGCUGUUCAACUCGACACGCGUGCCGCAGCUUAAGUGCGACAAGGUCGUAAGCUACGCGCCAUCCCCAGAUGAUCACUAUGCCCAAGAUCAUGUCGCGGUGUUAAGGAAAGGCCGUGUCUUCAAGGUCAUGAUCCAGGAUGAAGAUGGUAAAGACGUGCCAAUCCAAAAGCUCCAGGCAACCUUUGAAGCCAUUGUGGAGAGGGUGGAAGACAAUGAUGUAUUGUCAGGUUUGUUGACAACUGAUGAAAGAGACUCCUGGGCCAAGACAAGAGAAGAUCUAGUGGCAUUGAGUCCUGGAAAUAUCGAGUACUUGCACGUUCUUGACUCUGCCAUGUUCGUCCUCUGCCUGGACACCGCAAGCCCAGACACUCCUGAGCAGAUCGCGCGUGAGGGGUACAUCGGCAACGGUACAAAUCGCUGGUUUGACAAGGUGCUGCAGUUCUAUGUGAGCGCAAACGGUCGCUCCGGUCUGAUCACCGAACAUGGAAUCCUCGACGGUACUACUGCUACCCGCCUUCUGGAAUGGAUUGCCAAAGCCAUGGAUGCUUACCCAGCUGGGUCGAUUAGUCGCAACGGCUUUUUGCCCACUGAUAUCGAUCUUAAGGAGGUCAUCCUCCAAACAACUCCCGAGCUUAAGAAUCACAUGAUUGUCCUCCGGAAACGUUACCAGCAGGCCACCUCCACGUCGACUUAUGUUCGAGAACAGCUCGAUGAGUUCGGCACUGACUUUCUCCUGCAGUCUCGAGUACCUGUGAAAGGAGUCAUAGACUUGACCUUCCAACUAGCCUUGCGAUUGUUCUUCGGUCAGAACAUGGCUUCAUGGGAGCCCACGAGUGGGGCUGUAUUUCACGCUGGCCGUGCCGAUGCCAUGCAGAGAGCCACAUCUGCGGUCAAUUCUUUCUGCGAUGCUACCGCUAGGGUCUAUCAGCUUGAAGAUGACCAGUUCGACCGCGUCAUGUCUUCUCAGCUGAGGGCCCUUCUGUUGGCAGCGACCAAGUCGAUGAACGCCGACAUGCAGAUCUUAUUCACCGGCCGCAGCUGCCAGCGAGUCUUCGAGGUGUUAGCUUAUUUAUGGCCAACAACCAAUGUCAGCGCUCCUAAGCCGGCUUUCUUGAGCGAUAUGGUCUUCUUCGGCAGGCCAAGUCCACCCAUCUUUGCGCAAACUAACUCGCUUGAAGGCGAGAUGACCAUUGAAGACUUUGUCCAUCUAAUACCAGAUACUGACGGUUUCUGGUCUUUCAUGAGUCCGGAGAAGAACAAGAUCUCAGUCUGUCUUACCGGCGGGUCGGAGGAACGGACGGCAGCUUUCGUCAAGGAACUCCAUCGCGCCGCAAGAAUAAUGCGCGACAUUGUUCGAAAUCGUGUUUGAUUUACUGCGCAAGUAUAAAGACCGGUCAAUCAUACGAUUAGCCAAAGCAUUGUGGGAUGUUUCCCCAUAUUUCGUCUCAGCAGCGACAUUGCG